CAGAAUUAUAAACCAUGUAUAAACAAAUUACUGAAAAAGAUAGUGACUUUGAAAAUACCUGUUUUAGUAUUAAAUGUAAUAUGGACCAAGCCUCACCGCGUGUUGUGUGCUGAGACGGAAAUGGGAAUCGCUUCAAUCGACCAUAAGAUCUGCAAUCGACCAAGAAUCGCUGUCAUCCGACCAUAUAAAACAUGCAUGCAGUAGCAUGACAAGUGUAUAAACAGAAACGAAGUCAUCCUUCGAGAGGACUCAAAUCACUCUUCAAGCUCUUCACACAACUUCAAGACCAGGCAAAAGAAUCAAGAAGGUUCAAUACCGAAGACAAAGUGAAGAAUUAAAAUGAAAGUGCAGACAAUCGCAUUUCUGUUGUUGAUCAUUGGAUCAUUUCUCUUGGCUGCAAACGCUGCUAAAAAUAAAAGGGAAAAAAAAUCACUGGGUCUCGUAGCGGUAUAUCGGCACGUAAAUCUCGUAGGGCUUGUGCAGUUUGGCAAAAUGAUUCGUUGUGAAACAAGAAAAUCUCCAUGGUCUUACAACGGCUAUGGUUGCUGGUGUGGCAUAGGAGGAAGUGGGACACCAGUUGAUGCAACAGAUAGAUGCUGUAAAGACCACGACCUCUGCUAUGCAAACCUUAAAAGGAGUGGUGUCUGCUGGAAAAAAGCUUGGUGGUAUACACCAUAUAACCGCUCCCGUUGUUCUAAAUGCUCGUGGUUUAACUUAAAAUGUGGCAAAAGACUCUGUAAAUGUGACCGGGCAGCAGUUCUAUGUUUCAAGCGAGCAUUAUCAACAUACAACAGGCGAUUCAAAGGCUACCGUUCAACAGGAUUCUGCCGCUAAGAUCAGGAAAUAUACUUUUUAUCAAUGGAUUAAUGAUUCACGUAGACACUAGACAUGUAAAGCGUGUAUGUCAAACCGUGUAUAUGCAUGUCAGUAGUUAAUUACGUAGCCUGCUUACAGCCCGAAAUCGGGAAUUUCACUUCCAGACGGGAGAAUACAAGCAGGCUAUAUAGUAUACGUAGUUUUGAAUAUAACUCU